CGUGUGUGCAGUUCAGGGACCGCCCUGAGCGGACACGUCAGCUGUGACCGAGCAGCGACUCACGGUCUCUCCAGCCAGUUGAUGCUCGGGGGUCCCCGGCGGCUGAACUUUGCCCGUGUCGGUGCAGCUUCGCCUCGGGGGAGAAGUCGAGAAGAGUUUGAGUCGAAACUGAGUCAAGUGAAAAUCAAAGGAGAAGCUGCAGCUGCACGAUGAUCAGCGCCGGUUCUCAGAGCUGAGAGAAGUUCUGCUGGUGUGAGUACAGGACAACACCAUGACAGGUGACGCUGUGGUGUGGAGGGGCCUGACCUGGGUGAAGCAGGCAGCCUGCAGAGCCCCACCAGGCGCCCUGACCAGCCCUGGGAGCCAGAGGCCGGCGAGCCUCCAUCACGCCGCCGGGUCAGCGAGGGAAGUCUGCGUCCACACAACUACGCUUCACAGAUAUUCCACGAUGGCGGCGCGUUUCCCCGGCAGCGUAAAGGGAGGAUGGGGGUCCUGCGGCGGCCGACUCAGCGCUAAACAUCUGAAACACCACAGGGACUGGUCAAGUCAGCUGUUCUGCGGACACACAAGGUUGUUCAACCAGGACAACUCCACCGUGGGGCGGCUGACGUCAGAGGACAUCGAAAAAGCAAGAAACGCCAAGAAAACCGACAACAAGCAACACAAACAAGUGCUCAGUGAACGAGCCAGAGAGAGGAAGGUGCCGGUCACACGGUUAGGAAGGCUGAUGAAUUUUGGAGGUCUGGCCGUUGGACUUGGGAUUGGGGCGAUCGCUGAAGUGGCAAAGAAGAGUUUGAAACCACAACAACAAGAUGAUAAGAAAUCUGUUCUGAAUUCGAGUGCCUUCCUGUCUGAAGCCAACGCUGAAAGAAUCGUGCGGACGCUCUGCAAAGUCCGAGGUGCCGCUCUGAAACUGGGACAGAUGCUCAGCAUUCAAGACGAUGCUUUCAUCAACCCUCAGUUGGCCAAAAUCUUCGAGCGAGUUCGACAGAGUGCCGACUUCAUGCCGACUAAACAGAUGACGAAAGCCAUCAGCAGUGACCUGGGCCCGAACUGGAGAGACCAACUGGAAUACUUUGAGGAGAAGCCGUUCGCGGCGGCGUCCAUCGGUCAGGUGCAUCUGGCGAGGCUGAAGGACGGCAGAGAGGUGGCCAUGAAGAUUCAGUAUCCGGGAGUCGCCAAGAGCAUCGACAGUGACGUGAACAACAUCAUGACGGCUCUGAGUUUAAGCAACGUGCUGCCUGAAGGUCUGUUUCCCGAGCACCUUAUCGAGGUCAUGAGCCGUGAGCUGGCGCUGGAGUGUGAUUACGUGAGGGAGGCAAAAUGUGCCCGAAAAUUCCAAGAGCUGCUGACAGGUCACCCGUUCUUCUAUGUGCCCGACGUGAUUGACGAGCUGAGCAGCCUGCACGUCCUCACCACCGCGCUGGUGCCUGGUUUCCCUCUGGACCAGGCCACCGACCUCUCUCAGGAACUCAGGAAUGAGAUUUGUGAGCAAAUCUUGAGUUUAUGCCUGAGGGAGCUGUUUGAGUUCAGAUACAUGCAGACCGAUCCAAACUGGUCCAACUUCUUCUUUGACCCACAAGCUCACAAGGUUGCGUUGUUGGAUUUUGGAGCGACUCGAGGAUUUGAUAAAAGCUUCACUGACACUUACAUUGAGAUCAUUAAGGCAGCUGCAGAUCAGAACAGAGAGGGCGUCCUGCAGAGAUCCAGAGACAUGAAGUUCCUCACAGGAUACGAGUCAAAGUCGAUGGAGAACGCUCACGUGGACGCUGUGAUGAUCCUGGGCGAGGCCUUCUCCGCCGAGGAGCCCUUUGACUUCGGAGCUCAGAGCACCACCGAGCGCAUCCACAGCCUCAUCCCGGUGAUGCUGAGGGAGCGGCUGACGCCUCCUCCCGAGGAAACCUACUCCCUCCACAGGAAGAUGGGCGGCUCCUUCCUCAUCUGCUCCAAACUCAAAGCUAAAAUCUCCUGCAAGAACAUGUUCCAGGAGGCGUACGACAACUACUGGAAGGACGCGCGGCGCGACUGAAGCCCGGUGACGGCGGGGUUUCCUGGAAGCGUGUUCCCUCCGGGAGUUUCCAGGGUUUUCUGUGGUACAGUUGAACUCACACAUUCUCACCUGUGGAGAUAUUUUCAGAAGCCUGGAGCCGAUCGUGUCCAGAUCUUUUUACUUCGUCGUCUUCUCUGACUCAAGUAAACUGAAAAAAAUAGUUUGAUUAACGUCUGUGAGUUUCAUAUCUGUGUGCGUCUCAUUCCAUUUGUCAGUUCGACCAGGACUUCCAUCCACACUAACUCUACAUUGAAUAUGUAGUGAAGAUUAUUUGUAUGUAUCGUUUGAAUUUGUUGUGCGUUUGUACGACCUAAUAUUUCUGUGUCUGUUUGGUUUGAGGAACCAGGGUUUUCAGUUUGAAUAAAUUGACCCUUCAUCAA